GAAGUGCUUAUGAUGUUGCCGAACUUGAUUCUGCAACGCUUCUAAUGAUGAACCAUGGUUCACCAGGAGAACUUUCCUGCGGAUCCAGAGGGCAAACAACAUCCGACAGUGCGGAGCAAAGGCGUUCAUCUAGUAACUAUAGCGGAUCAUGGUCGUUGCCGGCUACGCCUCCAAUGCCAACAUCCUCGU